CGGCCGUUCAAAGUGCCGCGUUGCUCAGUCGGUGCAAGCGCUCGGUUAAACGUGCUGAUUCAUUUACAUAUGGUUACAUACGACGUCGCGCGUUCGAAAACUUCCUUCCCAUCGCGCUGUUAGCACGUUCACGGCUGUUUAUUGCCGACGCCGAAUUUUUCAUGUUGCUAAUUAGUUCUACUCUCUUAUUUCUUUCAUUUAUUGCUAAUAGUGCGCGUAUUUCCCUCCAACCAAUAAAAACAUGAUAAAAAAUCUCAUGAUCUGUACUGUGUCAUGACUUCACAAACGGUUACUAAAGUGAAUGUUACUUUCACUAACUACAUAGUUAGUUCCACAGAAAGCACAGACUAUCUAUUCUGCUCAGCUCAGAAAACUGUUCGUGGGCGGGCUAUCAUGGGAGACGUCGCAGGAGAACCUGCAGCGCUACUUCUCGCGCUACGGCGACGUGAUCGACUGCGUGGUGAUGAAGAACAGCGAGUCGGGCCGCUCGCGGGGCUUCGGCUUCGUCACUUUCGCGGAGCCGUCGCUCGUCAACGUGGUGCUGCAGAAUGGGCCUCACCAGCUGGACGGCAGGACCAUCGACCCAAAGCCGUGCAACCCGCGCACCCUGCAGAAGCCGAAGCGCGGCGGCGGCUACCCGAAGGUGUUCCUCGGCGGGCUGCCCUCCAACAUCACGGAGACCGACCUGCGCGUGUUCUUCGGCCGCUACGGCAAGGUCAUGGAGGUUGUCAUCAUGUACGACCAGGAGAAGAAGAAGUCCAGAGGCUUCGGAUUCCUGUCGUUCGAGGAGGAGAUGUCCGUUGAGCGCGUCACCCAGGAGCACUUCAUCAACCUCAACGGGAAGCAGGUGGAGAUCAAGCGCGCGGAGCCGCGCGACGGGUCCGGCAAGCUGGGCUCGGGCGGCAUGGGCGGCGGCAUGUCGGCGCCCGGGGACGCGCCCGCCGCCGGCCAGUGGGGGCCCCCCGCCGCCGCGCCCAUCAACAUGAUCCAGGGACACAACGGCCAGAUGGGCGGCCCGCCCAUCAACAUGCCCAUGGCCGGCCCCAACAUCAUGCAGGGGUACCAAGGCUGGGGCACGUCGCCGGGGCAGACGUCGUACGCCGGGUACGGCGCGGCGGGCGGCGCAGCGGGGCCGGGCUCGUACCAGGGCUGGGGCGCGCCCCCCCAGCAGGCGCCGCCGCACGCGCCCGCCUGGCCCGCCAACAACAACUACUCGCAGCACACGCAGCCGCCCGCGCAGGGCUACGGCAGCUACGGUCAGUACCACCAGACCACCACCCACCACCACCACCCACCACCGCGGCGGGGCCGGGCUCGUACCAGGGCUGGGGCGCGCCCCCCCAGCAGGCGCCGCCGCACGCGCCCGCCUGGCCCGCCAACAACAACUACUCGCAGCACACGCAGCCGCCCGCGCAGGGCUACGGCAGCUACGGUCAGUACCACCAGUCCACCACCCACCACCACCACCCACCACCGCGGCGGGGCCGGGCUCGUACCAGGGCUGGGGCGCGCCCCCCCAGCAGGCGCCGCCGCACGCGCCCGCCUGGCCCGCCAACAACAACUACUCGCAGCACACGCAGCCGCCCGCGCAGGGCUACGGCAGCUACGGUCAGUACCACCAGUCCACCACCCACCACCACCACCCACCACCGCGGCGGGGCCGGGCUCGUACCAGGGCUGGGGCGCGCCCCCCCAGCAGGCGCCGCCGCACGCGCCCGCCUGGCCCGCCAACAACAACUACUCGCAGCACACGCAGCCGCCCGCGCAGGGCUACGGCAGCUACGGUCAGUACCACCAGUCCACCACCCACCACCACCACCCACCACCGCGGCGGGGCCGGGCUCGUACCAGGGCUGGGGCGCGCCCCCCCAGCAGGCGCCGCCGCACGCGCCCGCCUGGCCCGCCAACAACAACUACUCGCAGCACACGCAGCCGCCCGCGCAGGGCUACGGCAGCUACGGUCAGUACCACCAGUCCACCACCCACCACCACCACCCACCACCGCGGCGGGGCCGGGCUCGUACCAGGGCUGGGGCGCGCCCCCCCAGCAGGCGCCGCCGCACGCGCCCGCCUGGCCCGCCAACAACAACUACUCGCAGCACACGCAGCCGCCCGCGCAGGGCUACGGCAGCUACGGUCAGUACCACCAGUCCACCACCCACCACCACCACCCACCACCGCGGCGGGGCCGGGCUCGUACCAGGGCUGGGGCGCGCCCCCCCAGCAGGCGCCGCCGCACGCGCCCGCCUGGCCCGCCAACAACAACUACUCGCAGCACACGCAGCCGCCCGCGCAGGGCUACGGCAGCUACGGUCAGUACCACCAGUCCACCACCCACCACCACCACCCACCACCGCGGCGGGGCCGGGCUCGUACCAGGGCUGGGGCGCGCCCCCCCAGCAGGCGCCGCCGCACGCGCCCGCCUGGCCCGCCAACAACAACUACUCGCAGCACACGCAGCCGCCCGCGCAGGGCUACGGCAGCUACGGUCAGUACCACCAGUCCACCACCCACCACCACCACCCACCACCGCGGCGGGGCCGGGCUCGUACCAGGGCUGGGGCGCGCCCCCCCAGCAGGCGCCGCCGCACGCGCCCGCCUGGCCCGCCAACAACAACUACUCGCAGCACACGCAGCCGCCCGCGCAGGGCUACGGCAGCUACGGUCAGUACCACCAGUCCACCACCCACCACCACCACCCACCACCGCGGCGGGGCCGGGCUCGUACCAGGGCUGGGGCGCGCCCCCCCAGCAGGCGCCGCCGCACGCGCCCGCCUGGCCCGCCAACAACAACUACUCGCAGCACACGCAGCCGCCCGCGCAGGGCUACGGCAGCUACGGUCAGUACCACCAGUCCACCACCCACCACCACCACCCACCACCGCGGCGGGGCCGGGCUCGUACCAGGGCUGGGGCGCGCCCCCCCAGCAGGCGCCGCCGCACGCGCCCGCCUGGCCCGCCAACAACAACUACUCGCAGCACACGCAGCCGCCCGCGCAGGGCUACGGCAGCUACGGUCAGUACCACCAGUCCACCACCCACCACCACCACCCACCACCGCGGCGGGGCCGGGCUCGUACCAGGGCUGGGGCGCGCCCCCCCAGCAGGCGCCGCCGCACGCGCCCGCCUGGCCCGCCAACAACAACUACUCGCAGCACACGCAGCCGCCCGCGCAGGGCUACGGCAGCUACGGUCAGUACCACCAGUCCACCACCCACCACCACCACCCACCACCGCGGCGGGGCCGGGCUCGUACCAGGGCUGGGGCGCGCCCCCCCAGCAGGCGCCGCCGCACGCGCCCGCCUGGCCCGCCAACAACAACUACUCGCAGCACACGCAGCCGCCCGCGCAGGGCUACGGCAGCUACGGUCAGUACCACCAGUCCACCACCCACCACCACCACCCACCACCGCGGCGGGGCCGGGCUCGUACCAGGGCUGGGGCGCGCCCCCCCAGCAGGCGCCGCCGCACGCGCCCGCCUGGCCCGCCAACAACAACUACUCGCAGCACACGCAGCCGCCCGCGCAGGGCUACGGCAGCUACGGUCAGUACCACCAGUCCACCACCCACCACCACCACCCACCACCGCGGCGGGGCCGGGCUCGUACCAGGGCUGGGGCGCGCCCCCCCAGCAGGCGCCGCCGCACGCGCCCGCCUGGCCCGCCAACAACAACUACUCGCAGCACACGCAGCCGCCCGCGCAGGGCUACGGCAGCUACGGUCAGUACCACCAGUCCACCACCCACCACCACCACCCACCACCGCGGCGGGGCCGGGCUCGUACCAGGGCUGGGGCGCGCCCCCCCAGCAGGCGCCGCCGCACGCGCCCGCCUGGCCCGCCAACAACAACUACUCGCAGCACACGCAGCCGCCCGCGCAGGGCUACGGCAGCUACGGUCAGUACCACCAGUCCACCACCCACCACCACCACCCACCACCGCGGCGGGGCCGGGCUCGUACCAGGGCUGGGGCGCGCCCCCCCAGCAGGCGCCGCCGCACGCGCCCGCCUGGCCCGCCAACAACAACUACUCGCAGCACACGCAGCCGCCCGCGCAGGGCUACGGCAGCUACGGUCAGUACCACCAGUCCACCACCCACCACCACCACCCACCACCGCGGCGGGGCCGGGCUCGUACCAGGGCUGGGGCGCGCCCCCCCAGCAGGCGCCGCCGCACGCGCCCGCCUGGCCCGCCAACAACAACUACUCGCAGCACACGCAGCCGCCCGCGCAGGGCUACGGCAGCUACGGUCAGUACCACCAGUCCACCACCCACCACCACCACCCACCACCGCGGCGGGGCCGGGCUCGUACCAGGGCUGGGGCGCGCCCCCCCAGCAGGCGCCGCCGCACGCGCCCGCCUGGCCCGCCAACAACAACUACUCGCAGCACACGCAGCCGCCCGCGCAGGGCUACGGCAGCUACGGUCAGUACCACCAGUCCACCACCCACCACCACCACCCACCACCGCGGCGGGGCCGGGCUCGUACCAGGGCUGGGGCGCGCCCCCCCAGCAGGCGCCGCCGCACGCGCCCGCCUGGCCCGCCAACAACAACUACUCGCAGCACACGCAGCCGCCCGCGCAGGGCUACGGCAGCUACGGUCAGUACCACCAGUCCACCACCCACCACCACCACCCACCACCGCGGCGGGGCCGGGCUCGUACCAGGGCUGGGGCGCGCCCCCCCAGCAGGCGCCGCCGCACGCGCCCGCCUGGCCCGCCAACAACAACUACUCGCAGCACACGCAGCCGCCCGCGCAGGGCUACGGCAGCUACGGUCAGUACCACCAGUCCACCACCCACCACCACCACCCACCACCGCGGCGGGGCCGGGCUCGUACCAGGGCUGGGGCGCGCCCCCCCAGCAGGCGCCGCCGCACGCGCCCGCCUGGCCCGCCAACAACAACUACUCGCAGCACACGCAGCCGCCCGCGCAGGGCUACGGCAGCUACGGUUCGUACGUGCCGCUGUCGGAGGGCGGCGAGAUGUACGGGCGCGGCGGCGGCGGCGGCGCGCCGGCGCUCACGGGCGCGCUCUCCUCCGCGGCCGCGCUCAGCAAGUCCUCCUCCGCCGACUACUCCUCCUACCAGCAGUACCCGCCCGCCUACCAGCAGGACCAGGGCUCCUCGUACGGCGGCUCGGCGCGCGCCUACAGCUCCGAGUACCACGCGUCCGCGCCGCCGCCCGCGCAGCAGCCAGGUGACGAUUACGAGUAUACUGGGGGCUCAGGCGAUGGCUACCAGCGGUCUUCGAAGCGCGGCUACCACGGCACGAGCUCGGGCUCCACUGCCGCGUCUUACCAUCCCUAUCGGCGUUAACGAGUGACCCCUCACGACACGUGUAUACAACUAUACAAUCAACCGGCAACUGCUUACAAAACUCUGAAAUACCUCCCGGCCGUCGGCGUCUAGACAACUCUAUGGCGGGCAUUGCAUUGCGCAGCGAAACUUCCAUAGUGCUGACUGGACACCGACGGUCAAUGAUAGUGGCGACUCUUAGAGUAGGGGCCUCCUAACUUGUGUUUUAGAGACCCCCGCAAAGACCAGUUCCAGGAUGUGAGUGUUUCUUCAUACGACCAGUGUUUCCUCUUGAGAUAUUAAAAUAGAAGAGAAUAUUUUAAAACAAUUUUGUGUAUUUAACAAUUUCUUUGGAUUAUUUUUAGUGAUUGUUAUUAGAAGCUUUUGAAAAUUUAUUAACAUUGUUUUCUCUUUCACAAUAAAAAUUGAAAUGAAAUAUAAAAGGCCACCAAAUAUACAGUAAAUUGUGCUAAAAUAUUUCCCAAUGAAAUGAUAAUAAUUAUCUAGGGAGGAUAACAUUACGUGUGUAUAGAAAAGCGGUCGUCCACUAUCUCGAGUAUGAACAAAUCGAUUAAAAUUAUUGCAUCAAUUGUAGAUAAGUGUUUUUAGAACAAAUUGAUGUCUGGUCGUUUCAAAUUUUAUCUGUUUCCAUUCUUCAUCAAAGCAGUUGUCACUUUUCUAAACUUGUAUAAUAUUAUUGUACCUUACUUUCAAUGAAGGCAAUCAUUGUGUUUGUAAAUGUUGUUUAAAUGGGCGGGAGUGUAUAAGAAGAUUCAAUACUGCUAACUAAAUUAUUAUACGAGACUUGUCUGCCGAUGACAAUAUACUUGAUACCUAUCUAUCGCUUCUCCGCUGACCCAUUUAUUCUAAGUGCUUGAAUCUAAAAAUUGUACCAAUGUUUAGGACACAAACGAUAUUGAACUCUGAUCUUAUAUACUUCUUGUCUCGUACUUUAAGUUAGUUUAGUUUUCUUUUGGACGUACAUUUGUGUAGCGUGGAUGCGAUGACUCAAACCAGUGAAUGUUAAACACAUACCGACUCUUGUAUAAUUUAGAAUUGUUAUAAAGAUAUUUCCUGUAAGCAGACACUAUUUUUGUGAUGUGUUUGAAGCAAUAGGGAUUUAGAGGAUUCAUCAUUUUGUGACAUCACGUUUAAAUGUUUUGGGAGUUUCCUGUUGCCAAGAAAUGUUGAAUGAAUCGGUAUUUUUUCUAUCAAUAUUACCUACUUGUAUGUAGAUUUAAAAAUAACCAUAUCCAUGGUUUACAAAUUAUUUGUAAUUGUUGCAACUGUCUGAAAUGUAUGUUCUAACGUAAGUAAAUCGCCUAAGAAUCGUGUCAAAUAGAUUUGUCGCGCUCAAAUGCAUUUAUUGAGAAUAGAGCGAUGUGUCCACCCUGAUACAGUAUCAAUAAUGUUCCAAGUUGACAUGAAAUAAUUAUCUAUUACUAUUCCGUUUCUCGAUGUCUUCUGACGGACCACAAUCAAAUGGUACCUCUGAAAGAUUAUACCAAUGUGGUCAAAUCACAUGUUCUGUGGCAAAACUGUGGGUUCUCAUGUGUAUUUCUUUUAUUUACAAUAAAAGUAAUAAGUAAUUAUAAGUUUUAUUUAAAAUCACUGGCAGAAGACUGGCGGGCGCUACACGCUAGGGCCCGCGCUCCUCGACGACGGGUAUAAAUAACUAGACGAUAUUUUUUAUAAUAAUCCUUUUAUUUUUGAAUCGUUUUAAACUACAUUUUAUACAACGCGCGUAGGUAGGCCUUGUGAAUAUGUUUAAAUACUGUACGAAUAAAUUUAAAAACAUCGGUAAGCAUGUAAUUAAAAUUAAUGUUUAUAUUUAUAUCGAUGUAAUAUAAAAUAGAUUUAAUGUACAUUAUCAUAAAGUUCUUAAUUAAUUUAAUAGACUUCGGAUACAGGUGAACAGGCAUAGAGAUUGCUGAGAUUUUAUAAUAAUUAUAGAAAUGACCCUAGAUAUACUUUAAUAUUAACACUUAGCUCACAAGAUUACGUUACGUUAGAUUAGCACUUCUGGACCAUACAGUAGUUAGCCGCCUACACUAUUUUUACUCUUAAUUCUAAGUAUCCUAUUUUGGCUUAGAAUUUUAUAUUGAUAAAAACCAUGUUCUUGCAAUAGAAUAAUAGAAUACGAAAAUUCUUAUGUAUAAUCUGAAUAAAUUAUGUAAAGAGAA